CCCAGAUGUUAGGAACUCCCUUUCUUUCCAUAUUGCAGCAUGGGCAUGUAGGAUUAGAUAAGCAUACUUGCUAUCUGUGUUCACAUUUAUUCUUUUUUUCUUUCUCAGUUCUAAGGCUUGGGUAAGCACCACUAGUUCUGCUAACUGGGUGCUGGUCCCUGGGGGAAGGGGCUUGCUUUCAGGUACUGUUACAUCACUAACUAUGGCAUAGCCUGCCCUUCGUAUCCCAUUCUCCACAAAUGAACUUCCAUCGGUAUAUAGGUUAAGGUCAGGAUUAGCUAAGGGGACUUCCAAGAGUUCCUCUCAGGCGGCAUAAUUCUGGGCUACAAUUUGUUGGCAGUCAUGCUUGAUUGGUUCCCCAUCCUCUGGGAGAAAAGUAGCAGGGUUGAGGGCUGCACAUGUGCAUAUUUGAAGCACUGGUCCCUCAAGGAGUAGCCCCUGAUAUCUAAGCAGGUGGUUGUCUGAUAGCCAUAAAUUUCCUUUGGCACCUAGUAUGCCAUUUACAUCAUGAGUAGUCCAGACAGUGAGAUCCUUUCCUUGUACUAUUUUGAUAGACUCUGAUAUUAAGAUGGCCACCGCCACAGCUACCUGUAAACAGUGAGGCCAGCUCUUUGCUACUACAUCAAUUUCCUUAGGUAUGUCACUGGUUGUGGGGUUGUCCUGUGAGUCUGAGUAAGGAUUCCAAGAGCUAUUCCUGCUCUCUCUCUGGCGUAUAAAGAGAAGUUUUGUCCUGUGGGAAGGCUUAAGGCUAGAGCUUGUACUAGGGCCUGCUUUAAGGUUUUGAAGGCUGUUUCUGCCUCUCGUUCCCUUUCUACUAGAUGACUAUUUGCCCUCUGGGUCUCCUUGAUUAGCGUAUAGAGUGGCCUGGCCAUCUCACUGUAUCCAGGGAUCCAUAGUUGGCAAAAGUCGGUGAUCCCAAGGAACCCCCGCAACUGUUUUAAUGUCUUAGGGCGAGGACAAGCCAGUAUAGGCUGUAUUUGUUCUUUGCUGAGGGCCCUGGUUCCUCUGGCUAAGCUUAGGCCUAGAUAUUUGACUUGUUGUAGGCAGAGCUGGGCCUUCGGUUUAGAUGCUUUGUACCCUUGAUUAGCUAGAAGGUUCAGGAGAUCUAGAGUAGCCUGCUGGCAUGAGGCUUCCAAACUGGUAGCCAAAAUAAAUCAUCCACAUACUGAAGGACCAGAGUGCCUGGACUUGAGAAGUGGCCUAGAUCUUGGGCCAAUAUCUAACCAAACAGAUGAGGGCUAUCCCUAAACCCUUGAGGCAAAACUGUCCACGUAAGUUGGGACGUGUGGUCUGUGGGAUCCUCAAAGGCAAAGAGAAACUGGCAGACAGAGUGCAGGGGAAUGCAGAAGAAGGCAUCCUUCAGGUCCAAAACAGUGAACCAUUCUGCUUCCUCUGGUAUUUGAGAGAGCAGGGUAUAGGAGUUGGGUACAACUGAAUGUAGAGGAAUUACUGCCUCAUUGAUGAAUCUAAGAUCUUGCACUAGUCUCCACUGACCUUUUGGUUUUUGUACUCCUAGAAUUCGGAUAUUGCAGGGACUGCUGCAUUUUCUUACUAACCCUUGAACUUUUAAAUAUCUGACAAUAUCCUGUAAUCCUUCAUGAGCUUCAGGCCUUAAGGGAUAUUGCCUUUGAUAAGGAAAAGUGGUGGGGUCUUUUAGCCUGAUUUGGACUGGGCAGGCAUUUUUUGCCCUUCCAAUGCCCGGAUUUCAGGGUUGAUUCCCUCCUCAAGUAGGGGGCAACAAAUGGGCAACUUGUUCCCCAUAUUCAUAUAGAUAAUAGCUCCAGCUUUGGCUAAUAUGUCCCUCCCUAAUAAGGGUGUGGGACUUUCAGGCAUAACAAGAAAGGCAUGUGAAAAGAGCAAAGUCUCCCAAUUACAACUGAGGAGGUGGGAGAAAUACCUGGUUACAAGGCUGUCCCAGGAUUCCUCAGAUGGUAAUGUACCUUGGGGACAGCCAUCCAGGGCAGAUUAACACUGAGAAAGCUGUGCCAGUGUCCAGGAGGCAGUCAAUUUCCUGGCCCUCAAUGGUUAAACUUACCUGGGGCUCAGUAAGUGUGAUGACAUGAGCUGGUGCUUUCCCCAGUCACCCUCAGUCCUGUUGAUGGAUUAUCUGAUUGGGGGCUUCUGGCCCAGAGAACCUUUGUCCUCUGGGGCAGUGUGCCUUCCAGUGAUUGCCUCAGCAUAGUGGACAUGGGCAAGGGGGUGACUUGUUUCUCUUUGGACAAUCUUUUUUAAACUGUCCUUGCAAACCACACUGAUAACAAGCCAUACGGGGUUAUUGGCCUGCUUCAUUUUCUGUCCUCUGUGAACCACCAAGGCUUGUUUGUCUGAGGGCCAUGACUAAGGCUGUGGCCUUUCUCUUAUUUUGCUUUUCCUUUUUGGCCUGUUCCUCUUGGUCCCUAUUAUAGAACACCAAGGUUGCCAGGUUUAAUAAUGCCUCCAAAUUUUGCUUAGGGCCCAGGGCUAGCUUUUGGGAGCUUUCUCCUGAUAUCCGUGGCUGACUGGGUAAUAAACUUAUCUUUUAGGAUCAAUUGAUCCUUGAGGGAAUCGGGUGACAGAGGAGUAUAUUUUCUUAAGUCCUCCCAUAGCCACUCAAGGAAGGUGGUAGGGUUUUCUUCCUUUCCCUGAGUUAUGGUGGACAUCAUUGAAUAAUUCAUGGGCUUUUUCGUAAUUCUCCUUAGUCCUUCUAGAACACAGGUCAACAGAUGUUUGCGACUCCAGUCCCUGUGAUCUGAGUCUAGGUCCCAGUGGGGAUCCAUACUGGGGACGGCUUGCUGACUGAUAGGGAAAUUGUCCCUUUCUCCGGCUAUCAUUCUGUCAUUUACUUGACUAAGUUACCAGGCAUCUCCAAACUCUUGGGCUGCAGCUAAAGCCACAUUCUUUUCAUUAAAGGCCAAGGUUUGAUCUAACAGUAGCAUGACAUCUCCCUAAGUGAGGCUGAAGGUUUGCCCUAGACCCUGUAGGCCAUCUGUAUACCUAUCAGGAUCAUCUGAAAACUUCCCCAGGUCUACCCUGAUCUGCUUUAAAUCAGAGAGAGAAAAGGGGACGUGUACCUGGGUUGGGCCAAAUUCCCCUCCCCCUACAGCUUGAAGGGGACAUAACCGAUAGCCUGGGGGGUUUUGUGGUCCCUUGGUGAUUUCUUUGCCUGUUUCUUUCUGGGUGGGGGAGAUUAGAGGAGGCUCAUCAUUAUAGGAAGGGGAGCUGUGGGGAGGCUAGGAUAUGGAGGUAAGCUGAGAGGUCCUCCUGUGGAAUGUAAAUUGCAAGCUUUGCAUAGUUGUGGAUUAUACUUCAAUGAAAAGAAAGCUUGGACAUAAGGUAUUUCACUCCAUUUGCCUUCCCUCUUACAGAAAAGGUCAAGCUGCAGGAUAGUAUUGUAAUUUAUACUUCCCUCAGGUGGCCAUUUUUCCCCAUCAGGGAGAGAAUAUUGGGCCCAGGCCGUAGUGCAGAAAAAAAUAAGCUGCUUCUUUUUCAGGUUUUGCGGGUCAAAUUGGUCCCAGUGGCUUAGGAUGCAUUUCAAGGGUGAGCUUGUUGAUACCUGAGUGUUUACCAUCUGAAAGGAAAAACUGUCUGUGGUUUUGAUCUGUAUUUUUCCCCAUCCAAGAACCCACAAUGGUCCCUGGACCCUGCUGUUUGGAAUAGUUGCGCUCACUGAAGCAGCAGUGGAAACACUUGUUUUCCUCCUAGACCACAAAGAGGACUGAGGAAGGUCAGAUUUAGUGGCUCUUACCACCACAUUCUCGAAAACCUGUACCCUUGCCUUUCCUCUUAGACCACAAAGAGGACUUAGAAAGGUUGAAUUUAGUAGCCUUUACCGAUGCAUUCUCAAAAACCUGUUAGUUAGAGUCCUAAGUGUUUUCUCCUGUUGGCGCUGGGACCUUACCGUUGUCCUAUGAAGAUGAUAUGCCUCAAAAUGGAUUGGAGGGCCAUACACUGAGGGAGGGAAGGGAUUUCCAGCAUUGAAGAGUGACGUCUUUUGUCCUCACUUCUCAUCAUAUGAAUAGGUAGGAUAUCCCCCCAAUUUUGGAGUCUGUAAUUUCUGAGGCUCUCCAUAUCCUGGCUUUGGGAAUGGCCUUUGUUAGGCCUGCUAGUCUGAGGAGGCAUCCUAAAAUUCCAGAUAGUACCCCCUAUGACAGGGCUUUGGGCAAAAAUUAUGUCUUUCUGAUUGGUGAGCCUGGGUGCCUAAAGAAGGGAACAGAGUCCCGAAAUUUAUGUUAGAAAUUAUCCUUAUAGGAGAAACUAUAAGAGCAUCAGGGACAGGGAGUGGUUUUGAGAAACAGGACUAGCCUUGGAGAAGAGAGGUGGGAGGAACUUCUCUGAGAGGCAUUGGGACCCAGGAGGCAAGGGUCAGGAUAGAUAGAAUAGGUGGGCGAGUCUCGCUUGGGUGAUGUAACCUUGAGAGUUCUGCUCAUGGCUGCAGGGUCAACCAACUUUUUGUUGGGACCCUGGAGCUGAAUGGCUUUCCUCUCUGUUGACCCUCGGCUCAGCCCGGAAGUGCAGGAAAAGCAGAAGCUGGUUCCAGGCAAAGCAACGCUCCCGACUCCAAAGAGUUAAGGGUUGUUAGAGAGCCCUUUCCCAGAAAGCCUGACACCCAUGUCUUUAGUCCAGUGGCCGCACUAGUCACUUUUAACUGGCCGACAGGUGCCCAGUGUUUAGCCCCUGAAUUCUAAGGAAAAAUAGGACAGAAUAGCAAGUGAAAGGGGUCCGAUGGUACUCACCGCAUAGCGAUAUCCUGGACAAGUCCCCAAGAUGUAUCCGGAGUUCGUUCCUGCUGGUGGGUUCCUGGUCUCACUGACUUCAAGAAUGAAGCUGCGGACCUUCAUGAACAACGACUAUCGUCUAUUCCACAAGAUGAGUAACAGCCACCCUCUUCGCCCCUUUACUGCAGUGGGGGAAAUUGAUCAUGUGCACAUUUUGUCUGAACAUAUUGGUGCCUUGUUGAUUGGGGAAGAAUAUGGCGACGUCACAUUCGUGGUGGAAAAGAAACGUUUUCCUGCCCACAGGGUAAUUUUAGCAGCCAGGUGCCAAUAUUUUCGAGCAUUGUUAUAUGGUGGAAUGCGAGAGUCUCAGCCUGAAGCAGAAAUUCCUCUCCAAGACACCACUGCAGAAGCAUUCACAAUGCUACUCAAAUAUAUCUACACUGGGCGGGCAACGCUGACAGAUGAGAAGGAGGAGGUGCUGCUGGACUUUUUGAGCCUGGCUCAUAAAUAUGGAUUUCCAGAGCUAGAGGAUUCUACCUCUGAGUAUCUCUGCACCAUACUUAACAUUCAGAAUGUCUGCAUGACUUUUGAUGUUGCCAGUCUCUACUCACUUCCCAAGUUAACUUGUAUGUGCUGCAUGUUUAUGGACAGGAAUGCUCAGGAAGUCCUCUCAAGUGAAGGUUUCCUCUCCCUUUCUAAGACAGCACUUUUAAACAUCGUGUUAAGAGAUUCAUUUGCAGCUCCCGAAAAAGAUAUUUUCCUAGCCUUAUUAAACUGGUGUAAGCACAAUUCAAAGGAGAAUCAUGCUGAAAUCAUGCAGGCUGUGCGUUUACCUCUCAUGAGCCUCACAGAGCUUCUGAAUGUUGUGAGGCCUUCAGGACUGCUGUCUCCUGAUGCCAUCCUGGAUGCCAUUAAAGUGCGAUCUGAGAGCCGGGAUAUGGACCUCAAUUAUAGAGGCAUGCUCAUACCAGAAGAAAACAUUGCAACUAUGAAGUAUGGAGCCCAAGUUGUAAAGGGGGAGCUGAAAUCAGCCUUAUUAGAUGGUGAUACUCAAAAUUAUGAUUUGGAUCAUGGAUUUUCAAGGCACCCAAUUGAUGAUGACUGCCGUUCCGGCAUCGAGAUUAAGCUAGGUCAACCAUCCAUUAUCAAUCACAUACGGAUACUCUUGUGGGACCGAGAUAGCCGGUCUUACUCAUACUUCAUUGAAGUGUCAAUGGAUGAACUUGAUUGGGUCAGAGUGAUAGAUCAUUCACAAUAUCUGUGUCGUUCUUGGCAGAAAUUAUAUUUUCCAGCCCGUGUCUGCAGGUAUAUUCGAAUUGUUGGGACUCACAACACAGUGAACAAGAUUUUUCACAUUGUGGCUUUUGAAUGUAUGUUUACAAACAAAACCUUCACUCUUGAGAAGGGGCUGAUAGUUCCCAUGGAGAAUGUUGCAACAAUUGCUGAUUGUGCCAGCGUGAUUGAAGGAGUCAGUCGGAGCCGAAAUGCCUUGCUGAAUGGGGACACUAAGAAUUAUGACUGGGAUUCUGGCUACACAUGUCACCAGCUAGGAAGUGGUGCGAUUGUGGUUCAGCUGGCACAGCCGUACAUGAUUGGGUCAAUACGGUUACUACUUUGGGAUUGUGAUGAUCGAAGCUAUAGCUACUACGUUGAGGUUUCUACCAACCAGCAACAGUGGACCAUGGUUGCUGACAGAACUAAAGUCUCCUGCAAGUCCUGGCAGUCAGUAACUUUUGAAAGGCAGCCUGCCUCCUUCAUCCGUAUCGUUGGGACACACAACACAGCAAAUGAGGUGUUCCACUGUGUCCACUUUGAGUGUCCAGAGCAGCAGAGCAGCCAGAAGGAGGAAAAUAAUGAGGAAUCGGGGACAGGGGACACCAGCCUGGCCGGUCAGCAGCUCGACUCCCAUGCGCUGCGGGCGCCUAGUGGCAGCUCACUACCCUCCAGCCCAGGCUCCAACUCACGCUCCCCCAACCGGCAGCACCAAUAAAGGAGGCAGCGGGCCUGGUGUGACUUGGUGGGCUCGGGCAGCGGCAGGAAACGGUCUCCUCCCUGAGCAGGGGUCUCUGUUGACUGCCCCCACCUCUGCCCCUUUCCAGGGAGGAGCCGACCUAGCUGCAAAAGCAGACACCGAACAGGUUUUCUCCCAAGGACAGAAAGGGGCUGCUUUGUUCUUCUCAAUUUAUCCAAAUCAGGCUGGUCUCAAGGGGGAGAAAAUGGGUCUUCAAUCUUCAUCAAGUCCACCAUUAACACCCUACCUCUCUAAUCUAGCCCAGGCGCAGGGAACAGGAGGAAGUCAUAGACAGGCCUGUGUUGGAAUACAAAAAUGGCACGCAAACACUCAGGCGGAGGAGAAAGCCAUCGGGCCUUUGCUACCUGGAGGCACCCUUUAGGAAUGGGCCUCCAUAGAGUAUUCAUUCUGCUGGAAUACAUUGCCCUGGCAACUAAAUGAUUUUUUAUUUCUUUUAGUUAUUCUCCAUUCAGUGAAUCAUAGGUGUUCCGGAUCUAUUUGAAAUGCUCAAACAGCAAAUCACUAGUUUUAAUCCCUUUUGAUGCUAUAAUUUUCCUUCCUUGGUUUUGAACGGUUCAGCUUGCGGGGACAGAGACCCAUCAUGCAUGUCUCCUAAAUGAGACACGGAUGCAGCUCAUCCUGGCACUUGGGCCACAGAGGAAGUGCCACAAAUGCACACAAGCAAAUCAACCUGUGGACACUGGAGUUAAUAGUCACUCGUGUGGCUGAGUUUCUCACCUGUCAUUCCUGACAUGGAUCCAGCCUUUAAGCUUGGGAGGCUGACAAGGAAAUAGUUACUAUGCCCGCUGCUAAUUCACUGUUCAGAAGUCCAUGUAGAUAAACAUAUACCGAGUUCUGGCGUGGCCAAACCUGCCGGGGACUGCUGUGGCUUAGCUGCCCCUCCAGUUGUGUUUAUCGAAGCAUUGGAGAGGCAGCCACCUGCCCAUCAGCGUUGGGAACGCAGAACUGGGACUCCGUGCUUCCCCCACACCACAGUACUCAACUGGGGACUGAAAAAUAGCAGUUCCAAGAAGCUUUUCUCCUAAUCCUCAUCAAAAGGACCUCAUUUGACGAUGGUGGCUUGAUGUGGCUCCGUCUCUUACUUAGUGAUUUCCAUUCCAGUGCUGCCUGCCCUGGGUAACUGCGCACAUCAUUGCCUGCCCCUCCGCUGUCCUCAGAGCUCCGGCCUCUGUCGCCAUCAGCAUCAGCCUGGGAGUCUCCCCAGGACGGCAUGGCACGUGAGCAGCACUGCAGUCCUUGGGUCCUCGGCGCCAACCUGCAACCCCGAUCAAAGGAGGGUGAGGGCGUGGGAGUUUCCUUUCAGGUGUGUCAAAGACAUAUCAGCUGCGCUCUAGAAAGAGCCAACGGGUCAGCCACUUCCUCCUAGUUUAACUUGAUUUUGAGUGAUUUGUCCAUAUGGAAAUAGUAGGGUAGCAUCAAACUGCAUGAUUAAAUUGGAAGACUGUCUUUCCGUGUGAACACAGGAUGGCAGACAUCAGAGGGCCACCGGGGCAGGGCGCACACGUUCCUGAGGAGAAGCCAGGGUCUGCAGCUCUCCAUCCUCCCCGGUAGGCCCAGCUGCAGGGCUGAGCUGCUUCCUAUCCCCUCAGCUCUGAUCUCUGCCACUUCCCUGUUGUGUGGGAGAGUGGAACACCCCUGGGAUGCCAGGCAUUUCAUAAUGGGAGGAGGCUCCUGUAAGGAACGGUGGGCGCCCGCUCACAGUGGGGGGCCCUCCAGCAUGGUUGCUGACUGUGUCAGCCCCCAGCCCCGGGUUGCCAAUUAGCCAGAGAGCUCCUGCACACUCAGCACUUCCUUCCCCAGUGUGUUUUCUACCCAGAUGGGGACAAAGGAACCAGACAGUCAUAUCAAGGGCAGAGUUCAAACAUUUUGAAAUGAGCCAUUCACGUGCUUCUUUUUAAACAUGGGCAUCGCCUGCCCAGAGGCCCUUGGCCUGAAGCAGCAUGCUGCUGACCUUGGGAAGAGAGGGUGGGCUGGUGGGGGUGCUGGAGGAGCUGCCCGGCCCUGCAUCUGCAACCCUCCAGUCCCCUGCCCACACAGCAUGCAGAGCCCUCCUGUGCUCCGGGAACGAGAUAGCAGCUUGGCAGCUCGGCCUCGCAUCUGAAAAGGAAUACGCUGCAAAGCCUCGGCCCUAGACCCACAUCUGCAGCUCCCUGGCCUGUGAUGGUUCUUUCCUUCGGGGCAUGCCCUUCCAGAUCUCUGUCCCUCCUGUCUUCCAGCACUUUAAAGAUGCCCCUUAUCAUCAGAUAAAGAGAAGUAUGGGGAAGAUGGGGUGGCACUAACAGUAGAUGUCAUUGGUGAGGACUGAUGGCAAAGUCUCAUUCCCUCACAGCCGCGCUGCCAGCUCGCCUCCUCUCGCUUUGCUGGGAGCCUGCCCUGGACUCCAGAAGGACACGGUUUCACCUCCUUUCCCAGGCUGGAGGGGUACUGCCCUUCCCUGAGGGGCCUUCUGAAUGGGGCAGGAACUCUUUUUGUGUGUCCAGCUGGGCCUGGAGGCCAAGUCAAGGUGUGUCACACCACACACCAGGGCAAGGACCUCAUCUCCAGGGAACAGGGACAAGUGAGUGGCUACCAGAAAGUCCCCGGGCAGCCUGGAGUUCCCCAGAGCCUGGCUGGUCCUACAGAGCACUUCUCCCCUGGGCCACCAGGACCAAAGCGACCUAAACACUUGAAGCUAAAAGCAAGUGCUGAUGAUGGGAUGGGCUGGCACGUGGCUGGGAGGGCUCCUGGGCACCACAGAGCCCUCAGCCCAGCAGAGAGUGGAGGCUCAGUCCGCGGGGAGUGGGGGUUGUGAAGGAGACAUGGGCAAGCCCCUGGUGGGGGAGAUAAGCUCCCCCAUGCCCAGGCUAGCCCCAGGGGCAACAAGCCAACAUGAAGAGAGGUGGCAGGUGAGGCUGACAGGUGGGUGCCUGUGGCCUGGGCCCAUGAGGGCAAUGGUCCUCAGUAACCAACGGAAAGGACACAAGGGCGCCGUGGUCACCACCACCCAGGCAAAGAAAUGGGAGGUGGCCAGCACCCCCACCCUUCACUUUUCAUUAUUAUUAUUAUUAUUAUUAUUAUUAUUUUUUUUUUUUUUUGGAGAGUAGAAAGGCAACUUCAUUGGAGCUUUUGGGGAAAAAAGCCUUCAAAGUCACCUUCUGGCAGCUCUGGGGAGGGUCACUUGGGGUGGACUGAGAGUGUAGGGCAGGUAGGGUGUGUGCCGGGCAGCAGCUGUGUCCAUGCAGCCAGCACCCAGCAGGGCAGUCUCACAGGAGCCGUUGUGAGCACUUCGGACUUGAAGCAGCUAUGAGCCACCCCCCUGCCCCCACCGUCUCUCCUCACACACACACACACCCGUUUUACCACUUUCUCAGUGCUUUUUCUGCUUUCAUUCUUUUGAUUUUAGUUAGAAGCACAAGCCAUGAUGGAUGUGGGACUCUUCUCAAUUGCUCUUUAAAUUGUCACUUUUUAAAUCCUAUUAAAUGAAGUGUCGAUUCCUGACAAAUACAUUAAAAGUGUUUUAUUCCUAGAAGAGUUGGGAAAAGAAAUUAUUUUCAGCAAGAGCAGGAUGUUUGUUAAACUGAUUCCUUGGCAAAAAAGAGAAAAAAAGCUUUUGAAUUGUGCAAAAAAUUGCCCAGUAUUAUGCUGUCGCCCCAGUUGUCAAACUGCUGUGCAGAUGGCUCCAGCCCAGUCAACUUCACCUUCUUUUUAAUUUAGAAGAUAACAAAAUUGUAAUCACUUAUCCUUUCCAGAGCCAAGGGGGAAAAGGAAGGUAUAAUCUACAAUAAAAAGCGAGCGUUCUGUGUACUGAGGCCACUUGGUGAUAAAGAGAUGGAGCGCUCCCCUCACAGACUUCAAUUAAGAACCUCCCUUUGGACAGGGAAGAAAGGUGUCAAAGAGGAAAAGAAAAUUAAAUUUGCUUCCUUCCAGGAGUUUUUCCUCAUUAGUGCUUGCUUGUCGGUGUUAUUAUUUUAAUCUUACCUUCUAUGUGGUGACCAGCUCCUCCGAGCGAUGCCCAGGUCGGGCACGGGCCGGGCAGGGCAGGUCUGCAGCGAUGCCGUGGCAGAGGUGGGCAUACUCCAUUUGUUUUGGCAGCUGCAGCCAUUGAUUCUGCAUAUUUUUCCUGACAACAGCCCCGGCAGGAGUUCAGUUAGGAAUUUAAAGUGCAGUUCAUGGUUCUGUGCCACCGUGGCUUUUAUUAUUAUAAUAUUAAAUUAGAAGUUGUCCUAGUGCCUGGUGUUUGCUCAGAGUUCCCAGAAGAGAGGGAAGGGAAAGGUUUAAAUGGCAUGCAGGACAACUGGAAUGCUCCCAUCUCUCUCGCUGACAUGGAUCCAGUCAUACCUGGGGCUGGACGGGAUUUGGAGGCCCUGGUCAUUUGCAGAGUGAAUGGUGAAGGGGGCGGAAAAGGUUUGCUUGGAGGAAAGACUGGUUGCAGAGGCGAGGCGGAGGGAGGAGGGGCGGAGGCAGCAGGUCUUUGUUUGUGGUAGGUCUCUGGCUUCCAUCAGGGAGGAGGAAAGAGGCUGUGCCCCUCCUGGCUCUUGGCUGCACCACUGAGGACGCUCCGAGGGACAGCGUGCUCACCCAUCCUUUGCACAGUGCUGGCCCCAAGCCCCACGGCCUUCCAGCUAGGACUUUCUGCUGGGCUCAUGCAGAGGCAGGGGACAGGUGCAUGGAAGAGCCCCUCCACCCAACACACCACUGUUUGAAAAUCACUGUUCUCUUUACUCACUUAAAAAAGUGUACAGGGAACACCUGUUCCUGGCAUAAUGCUCCAACCUCACGGAAGGGGCCAGGUGCCCUUCAUCUGGCUCUGGCUGCUUCCGACCUGGGCCCACGUCAUCGUUCACGUCCUCUGUGACCACCACUGGUCACGGUGCUACCUGGCCCAGCCUCCGACCCACCCAGCACCCUGGCAUCUCCCAGGCCAGUCUGCUGCACCCAGCGAGCUUCCAGUCAGAAGCUAGGCUGAACGGCCCUCCUGCCCCAUCGGCUUCGUGUCUUCUUUUUUUUUAAAGAACUGAAACAGUCCCCAAGAGGCCUCAUGGCCUGAAGACUCACAAUCAUCCACCUGUAAUUUAUGAUAAAUGUCUGGGAGCAUUUACCAUUUGCGUCCGUCUGUGAGUAUUUAUAGCCCUGAAUGGGCGGGGGGGGGGGGGGGUGGGGUGGAGGAGGCCCUGCAGCUAGGAGCUACACACCUGUCCCCACUAGUGUCCCCUGGUUGACAGAGCCCCCUCAGCCUCCCCAAGGCUGUCACUGCAGCUGUGACAGCAGAGGAGUGCCGCCUUUGAAAGCCAGUGGACAGUCGCUCCACUAGGGGGAGAGGCCCUGGCCCUGGCGCAGAGGAGGCGUUGCGAGGCGGGACAGGGGCUGGAGGGGCUGAGCAGCCUUCAGGGCAGGGACUGGGCCCUGGGUCACUGGAGACGUUGAUAUUAGUCCAUCUGUCUGCUGCCAAAUUGCUCCCCACCACGUGAGCCCCAGGGGUUUAUGUCCCAGGAAGGCGAGGGUGCCCAUCUGAGCGGAAUUGGGAGGGCAUGGCACCAGCUCAUCUCCCUCAGGGCCUUUGCCUCCUGGUGCUGCCCUGGUGGCUGCUCCUGCACCACAGCCCCUGAUGGCUGCUGCUAGUCCUGAGUUCCUGGGUUUACCCCCAGCCCACACUUCCCAUCUGGGCCUGAGGGUGCGGCCAGUGCCCUAGUCCUAGCCACUACAGGAGUCAUUCUGAGACCUGCUGGAGGCCAUGGGGUCUUCCCAGGCCCCUCAAUCAGCUGCUUCCGGGGUCAGCAGGGCAGGGUGCCAGUAAGGUCCGCAGGGAGCACAGCCUGGCCGCCCAGGCUGGGGGAUACUGGGGCAGAGCUUCCAGGUCUGUGGGGCCUGAUCUCUCCCCAAGGCUCUCCAGGCCUUGGGGUGCCCUCCACAGUGACCUUCAGAGAGGCUGCACCCCCUCAGAAGAACAGUGAGAAAUCUCUCCAUCACAUGCUCCCUGGUCCUUAUGUCCCUGAGGCCACCCUUCCCCACCCCCCAGUGCCUGGAGAAGCGAGAGACUAGCCGGGCAGCCUCUGGAGGGGCGCCAGGAGGCCAGGGGUCCUCAGGGCUAGGCCUGGAGCUCAGCCCAAGAGCUGCUUUUGCGAAGCCUGUCUUGAAUCCGGAUUCACCAGAGAACGAGAGCCUCCCAGCCUUUGGCGUUUCUGGGCCUGUAAAGAUGUGUGUACCUCCCAGGCCACUCUGAUGCAAGGGCAGGGACCAUGCCAGGCCUGGGUUGAAAAUGGCUCUGUGACUCCAGAAGCUCCGUCUAAAACUCCAAAGAUGCCCAAAAGGCUGUGCUGCUAUGUGGAAUGUGUAUUAUUUGUGAGCACGAUACGGCUUCUUCCUCAUUUUGCAGAGCAACCUAAGCUGGCAGAUGUACAAACCGUGUGUUCGAAACCCCUGAGUCCAUGUGUGUGAAAAUGCAGGUUUUCUCUUAGAAAUAAAGUGGUGACUUGUGCUGUA